AUGAGUGAUGGGAAAUUGGGAAUCAGUGGUUUAAAGGUCGAGAUCACGCGUCUUCCGACCGAGAUCGCAAACCAGAUCAUCGAUGAUCUGCGAGUCUGGGACGUCCUCAGGCUGAUAUUGCUCAGGGACUUUCUGCUCGACAAGCGCAUCAUGUUGCAUCCAAUCUGCCGCAACAUGUUCGGUGCCGACAAAGAAGCUCUUUCCAAGUGGCAAUUCGCUGUUACAGUCUACAGAGAGAUAUUCACAGCAGUGAAAAAACCAAUGGUAGCACCAUCCAGUAUUAGAAGAAAUCCUCUGGGCACAAAUAUCCACUGCAUAGAUCCUGCAGACUAUCCAGAUAUCUGGGAUUAUCUGCGUCAUCGCAUUCAUGAUGAGAUCGCUCUUCAUUGGCGCAAAGCAGAUCUAACCCGGCUUGGCGCUGAAAGUCAUACCAACGAACAUGCGCAUCGACCUUGGACUCUCAAGAUUCACGAGACUUUUGAAGAGCUCAGAGAUUGCUGGGAGGACAUCCAGAAAGCAAAAGCCAAUUCAUACCAUCUGAGAGCUGAGGAGCUUUACUGGAUUGCCGAUAUGUUGGAGGCAAAUCCGGAUAUUCUAAAACGCACUCUGGACCCGGAACAAGCACAUCGGCCAAACACCACACACAUCUUGUCGAGAAUGCGGCGUAGCGCUGAUGGGAUCAUGCGAGGCUCGGCCCGCAGGUUUUUCGCUGGCGAACAUUUCCGAUAUGAUUUCCUGGGGGUCAUUCCAUUCGACUCGGCCUUAAGCCAACUGUUGGAUAUGAUGCAGAAGCAUGGUUUGAUGGAAGCCGAUGGUGGCGUGGCGAGCGAGACCAUGAAUUCAGCUGGUACUGCUUCGCACCCAUCUUCCAUCAUGGAUUCAGUUCGAACUGUCAUCGAUGGAAUGCCGAAGUUUUAUCUGUUGCCCGCAGGCUGGCCAGAUUUACGAUCAAUUCCUAGGCACAAGAAUGCAGCACUGGUAGAUGGCGAACUUCUUCGCACAGUGAAUACGCCGUGGUCCGAACAGUUUCCUGGAAAUGGAGCGGUUUCUUUCAAGGGACCCCAUUUCACAACGCUCAAAUACGGUGACCAUAAAAGCUUCUGGCGGCCAAAAUCUCUUUUUUUGGAUCCCCAUCCUAAUAUGGAGAAAAUAUGGCUCAUCGCUUUUGUUGAGAUUUAUCGGUACUUGAAGAACUUGGAUGGGUAG